AUGGCAUGGCUUAUUUCACCUGUGCUUGGUUUUUUCCUGCAACCACUAAUCGGUGCAUUUAGUGACAGUUGUAAAUGUCGAUGGGGUCGCAGGAGACCGUUUAUAUUGGCAUUUGCUAUUGGUGCCUAUAUCGGUGUCUUGUUACUUUUGAACGGUUCAGAUUUAGGACUUUUAUUUGGUGAUGCUCAUACAAAGAUCCCGUAUAAAGCUGUAAUAUUAACUGCCGUUGGUGUCACUUUGUUGGACUUUUGUGCCGAUUCAGCAGACGCUCCAAUUCGUGCAUAUCUUAUUGAUAAUACCAAUUCAGCUGAUCAAGAACGUGGUUUUAAUCUCCAUGCUAUGCUCGGAGGCACUGGAGGAGGACUUGGUUUUCUAGUUGGUGCGUUACCUUGGGAGAAUUUUUCAACUAUUACACGAAUCGGUGGUGAAACCCGCAUUAUCUUUAUAAUAGCAACGGUUAUUUUUGUUAUUGGAUCGAUCUCAACGUUGACGAGUGUCAAGGAAGAACCACUAUCAUCGACGACAUCCUACAGUGAUUCAGCAAGUGUUGAGAACGAGGAAGAUGAUGAAACAGAUAACGAAAGACAACCAUUGAUUCGUCGUAUUUCUCCAACUACAAGUUCUGAACGCUUAGCGCCUGCGAAACAAUCAAUUGGCACAUAUUUGAAUGAAAUAAAAAACGAUGAAUUUUUUGAAGUUGACAUUAUUUCGGGAGAAAAAGUGCCUCUUGAUCAAAGACAUGAUAGUGAACAUACAGAUGAGGAUUUAAUGAAAACAAUUGAAAAAUCUAUAGCAUUAAACGAAGCAUUCAACGAAAAUCAAGACCUGACGAAUGCACCUGUUCCAACACAAGCAUUUGCAGCAGAAUUAAAACAAAAAGCAAAAUUAGUCAAACUGGGUCUUAUGCGUCGUAAAGCGGACGAAACUGAUGUCGAAGAAGUUGAUGAAAAAGAUCGUGUAACUGUUCGUGCGUUAUUCAAAUCAAUGUUACGUAUGCCUGCACCUUUGUGGAAAUUAAUGAUAUGUCAAGUAAUUGGAUGGAUAGGUUAUUUUGCAACACAUCUCUAUUUUACCGAUUUUAUGGCACAAGUUGUCUAUGGAGCAUCAUCAGAAUCAGAUCCACUUUACAACAAAGGUGUUAAAAUGGGAUGUUGGGGAUUAUUUCUGUAUGCAGCAAGUAGUGCCGCUUAUGCAUUUGGUGUAUUAGUUGUUACAUUGAACACAUUACCUUACCAUAUGUUAUCACAAUUUCAUACAGAUGAAAAGUACGUAAAUCAUGCUCAAGAUGGCUCAAAAAGAGGAAUUGGAGUUGAUUGUUCUUUAUUGAAUACUUGUUAUUUUCUUGGUGAAUUUGUUAUGGCAAUAAGUUUAGGUCCUCUUGUCGACAAAUUUGGUGUUAAUGUUAUUUUUUUAAUUGGCGCAUUAUUUAGUUUAAUCGGUAAUUUAUCUGAAUUUGUAACUUAUUUGACGGAUGAAGAACGAAAAAUUAUUGAAGCGGUGAUGAUGAGACAAAUGGCCGAAGAACAACGGGAUGCUGUUAUGUUGCAAACAAAAGUGGACGAAAGUGCUAUGCCGAUUCCUGCUAUUAUCGGGAGAAAACCAUCGGAUCAGAGUGGUCUUGAAUCAGGCGUUUGUUGUGAAUUAUGUUUAAAAACCAAAUUUGUUGAUGAAAAUGCAGCUAGACAAUGUGUCAUUUGUAAAAAACGUUUUUGUGUUCGAUGUGGAGUACGCUUGAAAGGUCCUCAAAAUCAGACAUAUUGGCUAUGCAAGAUGUGCAGGCACAAACAAGAGCUAUAUUUUUCCAGUGCUCACAAUCGUUUUUCAAUGACUUCCACAGAAUCAGCCUCACAAUUAUCAACAACUAAUGCACAAGAAAAUAUUCUAUCUGAUCGAUCGAAAACGAAUUGUCCUAUAUCGAAACAGUAUGUUUCUGAUUAUAUUUUAUCUCAACCGUUCGAUUCGAAUCGUCCUUUAUCGACUGUGACGUUGAAUGAAGAAUUGAAAAGUAAGACGACGGAUAAUAAUAUACUUUUUAUGAAUGAAUUACCGUCGUCAGAAACGAAAUCUCCAGUUCAACGUGCAUCAGAAACUACUUCUACUGGGCAACUUCAACCACUACCGACGUCUAGAAAAUUGCCGGUGUUUAAUCGAGUUCAACGGCAAAAUUCGUCAUCCAUGUCUUCCAGCCCGUCCAACAUGAAUCAAAGUAUAGAACGGUACGAUAACCCUACUGACAAUAGAGAACAACAACGUUCUCGACAAAUCGAACGGAUGAUUUCAAUUGAUGCAGGAGAGGAAGAUGAACAACAACAGGAACAACACCCAUCAAAUUUGACAUCUGAUGAACAACAAAUCACACUUCGGUCAAGCCCUAAAGCAUUUCGUUCGAAUAAAAGUGGUGCUAAUAAUACAACGGCAAAUCAGCGAGAAACACAUUAUCAUCGUUCAGCACAACAUUAUCGUUCAUCUGGUGCUCAUUCAAAUCGAAAUCUAAACAAACAACAUUCUGUAUCUUCGAAGACAUCUAAUUUAAAUGCUAAUGCAAAUCAAGGCUCGACAUCAAUCGGAGGAAACGGCUUAUCUGUAGAAAAAGAGUCAAGUUCCGAUGAUAAUAUUCCAUCAUCAUCAAACUCUAGCUCAGAUGUUGAUGAACUCGAAAGUGGCAGUACCUGUAUUUCUAACAGAGGGAGCGGAUUGCUCUCAAGUAAAAAUUUUCGAUUUCGUCACAGUGAGCCUGUUGUUGUGAAAAGUAAUGGUAUUCUUGAUGUUGCCACAUCAAAUUCUUCUUUUCCCACAUUUUCUUCGUCACAAAUAUCGACAAUAAACAAACAAGAUGAUGAUAAAAAACUACCUAUAGAAACCAUUGAACUCCAGCCAUCAUCACUGUUAUCAUCAUACCAUCGAUCUGAUAAUAUUCCUCCAUCGCGUUCGACUCAUAAUGCAGAGUCAACCAAAGAUCAAAAUAAUAAUAAUAAUUAUGAACGUUCAUCUUUGCUUCGUGAAUUUCAAUGUCAUUCAUUAGAAGAAAAAGAAAUGCCUGAUUGGCAUUUAGAUGGAACUUUAAAAGAUUCUGGUAUCGACACUGCCAGUUCAAGCACAAUAUUAAAUACAACCACUUCUACCGAGAAAAAAUAUCAGAAAUUUACCGAUCUUUCACUUGCAGCACGUCGUUUAUCGAACGGUGGAAAAUUACAAGAAAACAUUCCUGGUGUUCAGCCCGCUACAUGGAAAUAUGAUGAUACACAAACAUUCCUUAUUGGUCAUAUAACACUAAACAAUUGGGCUCGUGAAGAACCAAUAUUUAGCGCAUUGGGUCUAAAAAUUCAAGGCGGUAUCCAGCUCGGUAAUGAUGAAAUCGUUGCUCAAAUUACAAAAGUAACACCGAGAAGUAUUGCAGACAAUUGUGGUCAACUAGAAGUUGGUGAUAUAGUACUAGAAUGGAAUGGACAAAAAUUAUCAAAUUUGGGUUACAACGACGUUUACAGAAUUAUUCAAAAUUCUGCUCAAACGUCCGAAGUUCACAUGGUUGUCAAACGAGCUGUUAGGUGA